AUGAAUAGCAAUCCAUAUAUGAAUAGUGGUGGUUAUGAACCACCCGAAAAGAAGAAGAAAAUUAAUUUAACGCACACACAAGAGGUACAAUAUUCCGAAGAGGGUACAAUCGCAACAUUCUCACCAUCAUCAUCAACAAUUUCUAGUAAUAAUAAUAUAAAUGGAAGCAUCAGUCAAUUACUUCCCAUGGUUGACAAUAACGGUCAAAUAACUCACACAAGAUCGUCCCCUUACGCACCUGAAUCAGCCACAACAACGAAAUCCUCUAUACUACUGACAAACAAUGACCCCAUACCGAAUCCUGUCGCAUCAAAUGAAAUUGUGAACUCGUUGGUGUUUGGUUUGUUGAAUACUGUGAAUAAGACUAAAUCAACCAAUGUGUUUGGAAUUGGUCAUCAUCACCGAAUUGCUCAUCAAAAGCAUCAUUCCAUGCCCAAUAAUAUUUUGGAUCCCAACAGUCAUGAAAUGGAUUUAACCUCUGACAGCAGUGACAGUGAUGCGGAUGACAAAAAUAGUACUACUUCAUCCUCCUCUUCGUUUUCCUCCUUGUCAUCAUUUUCUGAUUCUCUGCCAACAAGCACCAUUGCAAAUCCUUCUCAUCAACCUCCACACAUCAGCAAAUUCAAAAAUCACCAAGAAGAAAGUCACAUAGAGCACUCAUUGAAAAAGUCAAAAACUUGUUACUGGCCUCACCAUCCUCACUUUCUGACAAAAUGGAUUGGGAUGAAGUAG